CGGGUCGGGGCCGGCCGGCCAGCGCCGGGCGCCUACAGCAGCCGCCAUGGAUGGCCACGGCGACGGACAGAAAAAGAACAGCCGCCUCGAGAGCUUCCUGCUCAGGAAGAUGACGCCGGCCUGUUACGAGUCCAUCAGGUACUACGAGCCGUGCAUCCUCCGGCGCGGGAAGACGGUCCAGAACAUGCAGACGGCUGUAGUGACGGAGGCGGCCCUCUUCUGUGUGGAACAGCCGCCCAAGAGUCUCCAGCAGCUCGUCAAACUGCCGGACAUUGUCAGCAUCGAGCGGGUCCAUGACGUGGUGGAGUUUCUCCGUGAGCCUCUGAGGAGUAAAGUCCAACACGUCCGGAUCGAGUACCGUCCGUCACCCGGUCCAGGGGCCGCCGGCCCGCCACCGAUGGUCCGUCGCCGUAGCGGUGACGGCGCCUCAGAGCGGCGGCGGACGCUCAGCAGGCUCGAGGAAGAAGUGGAAGAGCUGGGUGGUCGGCUAGGACUGGCCGGCAGGACAACCCCCGGCGAGCGGCACACGCCAGACAGUGGCACUCGCAGGUGCCACACCCCCGGCUCGCCGGUGCGGGAGGGCAGCUCACUCCUGGAGUUGUUGGAGCGGCGGCACGCGGCCGGCAGCCCGGAGCCGCCCGGCCGCCGGCGCUGCGGAUCUCCGGACAGCCGCGGCGGCCCGGCGCGACUCUGCCCGCCCGGGCCCGCCACCCCCAGCCGCGGCCUGCCCCGCUCCCAGAGCGCCCUGCCCGCCUACAACAGGUCGUCCAGCAUGCGGGUUGAGCUGCCGGAGCGGUCCCGCAGUGUGCUGGACCGGCCCCUCGCUGACAGGAAGUCGAAGAAACGGUCUACGAGCCUGGAUGACGUGCGCGGCCCGGCGACGCUACCGCCACCCGAGGUGUAUCAUAUCUACCUGCUCCAGGGAACAUCACUGUUCCAGAGGCAUCUCAAGACGGCAUGGAUGGCACGACUGAUUAGCGGCACCCAGGCCCUGGAGCAGCCCUCGCCGGAGCCCGCCGUCGAGGUCGACCACCGCCAGCUGGACCAGUUGUUUGACGACCUGCGCAUCAGCCUGCUCACCUCCGGAGACCCCGAGCACAAGGCCGGCCUCGUGCACGAGCUCAAAAUCGGCGCCUCUCAGUACAAACGUGUGCGCAGGCUGUUCUGGAAGGACGUCCGCCUGUUCGAUAUGCUGACCUCUGAGCUCACGUCCUACCUGCUGUCGACGAGCUCGUUCGACCUGCUGGACGACGGAGACGAGGAGCAGGGUCUCAGAGACCGAGAGGAGGAGCUCGAUCACGUGGUGCUUCUGAUGGAGACCCUGGGCGCGCUGCUCCGAGAUGUGGAGGCCAUGCCACAGGCUGCCAAGACUCUGCUGCAGGAGAAGUCUGCCCGUCUGACCGGCCUCCUGCGCGCCCUCCUCACCCGUCCCUGGGUACCGGGACGCUACCUCAGCACCGCCAAGUACAUGCUCUCCGACUUCCGCGAGUUUGUCGCCGCCAGCUGGGACAACUUACCAGAAGCAGAGCUGAUCAAGCUGCUGGCCGAGGUGACCAACACCUGCACGGGCACGCUGUACGAGCUGCUGCAGGUGCUGCAGCACGUGGACCCCAGCGGAGCGGCACUGCGUCAGAGCCUGAGCGCAAUCAACCUGGAGCACCACCUGAGCGCGGCGGUGACCCAGCUGCUGGCGUUCCUGUACCCGGCACGCGCCAGCACCUGGUCACCCGGCGAGGCGGUGCUGGUCUACCAGCACCUGAUCGUGAUGCAGACACUGACCAGCAGCCUGCCCACCACACUGGCCUUCAUACAGCGACAGUUCACUGAGGAGUUCAGGUACUACGUGAACCCAGUCGUGGUGGGUCACAAACUACCAGCGCGAUACCCGAUUCGACAUCAGCUACUGCACGUAAUGGAGACCCUCGCCAAAAAGAUCGGUGUGCCGGGUCCGGCGGCCGGGGCCAUCCGUCACCGUGGACCGUUCCAGUCCUGAGGCGGCCGCAGAGCAGCGAGGAAUGGAGACGGGCACAGCCGCAGGCUCAGAGGCGACGUGUGCUCGGUAGUACCUCAGCAACACGAAUGAGGAAGUCGAGACAAGUUCACAUAUCUCACUAAUGACAGACCGCCCAGCGUUGGACGCGGAACGAUAUGCAAUGAUAGUGUGCUCUUAAAUAUCUGUGCAAGUCUGGAUUGGGGAAAACGCUGCAAGCGCUCUUAUUGCAUUAGCCUUCAUCCUUCCGUCCCACUCAAAACAUAUCGAGAAGUUGAAAACACUGAGACCCGUCCAAUGUUCACCUACCCACCAAAUGAUUAGACCUACCCACCGUCUACCCGUCCCUCGUCAAAACUUUACGACGGCACUUGCAAUAAGACGGCCGUUUUAGUGUAAGCAGCGUCUUAGCAUUCCUCACCGAUGAUACAUAUUUUGCGUCUAACCGGCCCCCUCGACUCUUGAGGCAGGCUGGAGGAUUAUCUAGAGCCUAAGACUGCAGACUAGUCUGGAUUUCGAAUAGGCGGCUGAAGUUCAGCCCUCAGAUAUUUACCCGAAUACGCCCUGCCCGCGCUGAUUUUAAAACGAGUGUGUGAAUGUGACCGAUAGAAGUGAACUGGUUGGUUAUCCUUCACAGGAUGGCAAGUGCCUAGCUUAUAUGUUAGCUUCAUCCUCAACGGAUCAAUGAUCUAUGCCAUGAUGCCAUAUCUCUUGUUGUUCGUUUCGUUGUAGACAUAGGCGUAGGUUCGACACAACAGCGAGGCCAGUGAAGACGGAACUGCGAUUUAACCCGCAGGGACGUCAACUGUCCCAAGAUGCAAAUGUUUUGCUUUUAUUUCUUGGGUGAAUCGUCAAUUGAUGUUUGUUUUUCUCGCUAAGAAGGCGUGAGGACCCGAGCGAAGUAUGAGGCCGAAAGGUGCGGGUCCCCGGGCUCUGCCGUUCCUACGCCUGCAGUUUGUGAGUGGACUCUGCACGCUGUCGACGCUCGCGCUGUUGAUAGGGUCGGCUCUCGCGGCCACGGGGUGCUCCGUGCCACCGUAUCGGCUGGUGGAGUGAGUCCGUGCUCCGUCCGACUCCGCGGGCCGCGGCCUGAGCGUGUGCUACGAUUGUGAUAGUGUCGUGCCAUUAAUAAAUGCCGAGUGUAUCGGGUCGGCCAAA